AAAUGUCAGCAAUUCUCUCGAACUCUUCAGUUUUUCUGCCAAUUUCAAAGGGGCCAGGGAGACACGCGCCCCAGUUUUCUCAUGACACAUUAGUCAAAGUUAUCGUCCUUGGACUCAUGACGAUCUUCUCACUGAUCGGCAAUGGCGCCACAGUUUACAGCAUUCGGCAACGGAAGAAGCUACUUUCGAGAUCCACGAUGCACAAACUCAUUCUGCACAUGGCGAUCGCAGACAUUUUCGUGACAUUAGCUUGCCUGCUGGUGGAGACCAUCUGGACCUACACUGUAGAAUGGUUAGCCGGAGAUUUUCUUUGCAAACUUGCCAAAUAUUUGCAGAUGUUCAGUCUGUACGCGUCUACGUUCGUGCUGGUGCUGGUGGGGCUGGACCGCCUGGUCGCCGUACGCUUCCCCAUGCAGCGCGCUAAGACCCUCAGCUACUGCGACGCGGCUGUCUUCAUCGCUUACGUUACGGCGGCAGUCCUCAGCAUUCCUCAGUUGGUGGUGUUCAGCGUGCAGUUGGGACCGUUCGUGGAGGUGUUCGAGCAGUGCGUGACGCACGGAUCAUACACGAAGUUUCGGUGACUAGAACAGGUCUACGGCAGCGUGUCUAUACUAACCCUCUUCGUGCUGCCUUUCACGGUCGUCGUGGUUACCUACGCCACCAUCUUCAUCACCCUGCACAAGAGUGAGCUGAAUAUUCGUGGCAACGACAACAAACAGCAAGACGGACAAGGUGGCAACCGCCAGCGUCUGAUCAAGCGAGCUAAAAGCAAAGCGCUACGCAUGAGUGUCAUAAUUGUGCUCGCCUUCCUCAUCUGCUGGACGCCAUACUACUACAUGAUGAUACUACACGUCUUCGGUGACAGCAAGGAUCAGGGCAGCGAGGUGCUGGACUCAGACUUGGACGACGUUAUAUUUUUCUUCGGGAUGUCGAACAGCCUCGUGAACCCUCUCAUCUACGGCGCGUUCCACCUCUGCGGACUGCGCGACAACAAGAGGAGAGGCCGCGAGCGUCUGCGUACGUUGAGCGGGCGUACGGGCACGAGCACGCGCACCACCACGUGCACCACCACGCGCACCACCACGUGCAACACGCGGUCCACAGCCCUGCAGCCCCACGUGAUGCCUUGCAACACGUCCAGCGACUCCCUGCAACUCCUCAAGCAACAUCCUUCACUGCAACUCCAACCUCGGUCAUCGUUGCCGUUGCAACGUCCGUUACAACCUCUACAACUUCAGAUGUCGCUGCCACUGCGGCAACAGGCUUCACAAACACCGUUGCUACAACGUAAAAAACUUACUCCUCAACCAAUUUCACCUCUUGUGCAACAUCAGUCGGGAAGCAAACAUCAGCAUUACGAGCAACAAACACAAUCUGAGACUCGUCACCAACAAGAGCACCAGCUAGACCACAAUAAAUUCAAUGUAAACAAUCAGAUCGAGACGACUACGCAAGAUCCAGAAUUGUUACUGACAUCACAACUUGGGAACAAUCCAGCAACGGACGAGCUGAAGCAGGAACAAUCUGGCCUUGAGCAAGAACAUCAAGAUGAGAUUAUGCAUCAGAAAACAUCUUGUGGACCUGACGAUCGUGAUCACACUUCAAGCGGUGAUGAAAAUAAUUUACCAGCUCGCAGUUUUUUAUUUAAGCAACAGAAAAUAAAACAACAGAAAAUGUGUCAUCUGCAAAAUUCAAAUUCUUUGAAGAGAGAAAAUUUGCUGGAGAAAUUACAGUGGAGGCGAAAGCAGAGCCUGCAACAGCUCCCACAAUAUGAAGGAAGAAUAAACUUUGAAGGAAAACGUGAGAUUGAUGAGAGAGAAAAGCCAAUGACUACAAAUUUCAGUAUAUUUAAGAGAUUGAUGAAUAAACAUGAUGGUACACAGGUGCAAGACACUGACAGCUCACCGGCUGACCUGCUCAUGAGUGACUACGAAUCAUUCGAGCCUCAACCGAGACCCAAACAGGUUGUAGAAUCACUACCAACGAAUGCUAAGA